CGGAUGCUGACAUCUUGGUACACGUGCUGAACAAGUUCAGUGAAGAUGUCGGACUGGGAGAAUGAGUACGACAGUAGCGGCGCGGCCAUCGCCACCGCCACUGUGGGGGACCGCGGGAAGGAGACCGUCAGUUGGGGGUUCUCUGGUGUGAGUUACGGAGUGAGUUCGGAAGUGAGUUACGGAGUGAGCUCCGGAGCUCCGUGGCGGGGCGGCGACGGAGGGACCGACCGGCGGAGCGACGACGGCGGCCGGCGGGGCCGCGGGGGGCCGGCCGGUAGCUCCGAGUCCGGCACGGCGGUCACGUUCACUGUUGAAAACCAGCAUGUUGGACGGAUUAUAGGUCGUGGAGGAGAGAAGAUCCGGGAGCUGGAAGAAGGUACUGGGGCGCGGAUAAAGAUCCAGAAGGGCGACUACGAGGGCACGGUGGUGAUCCACGGAGCUCCGGACGACCAGCAGAAGGCCCGCCAGCUGAUCCAGGAGCUGGUGCAGGAAGACCACUGCGGCCUCCGUGGUCGUGGCAGAGGAAGAGGAGGCUUUGGCAGAGGAGGAGGAGGAGGAGGAGGCUUCGGAGGAGGAGGAGGCUUCGGUGGUGGAGGAGGCUUCGGUGGUGGUGGAGGAGGAGGAGGAGGAUUCGGUGGAGGAGGAGGAGGAGGAGGAGGUGGCUUCGGUGGAGGAGGAUUCGGUGGAGGAGGAGGAGGUGGCUUCGGUGGAGGAGAAGGAGGCGGAUUCGGUGGUGGAGGAGGCUUCGCUGGAGGAGGAGGAGGAGAGACGAGAAAGGGCAGUUCCUGGACGGACGCCCAGCUCCAGUCCUCCGCCCUUGCUGCUCCGGCCCGGGAGGCCAUCGACUGGACCAACAUCAGGGAGAACCGGGAGAUGUAUGAGGAGAUGAAGUGGAAAGACCUGCCUCCCAUUAAGAAGGCUUUCUACCUGGAGGCCGACAGCGUCUCCACCCUCACUGAGGCCGAGGUCGUGGACUGGAGGAAGGAGAAUAAUAACAUCUUCGUGGAUGACCUGAAGGAGGAAGGGAAGCGUCCGUUCCCCAACCCCUGCCGAACCUUCCUGGAGGCCUUCCAGCCCUACCCGGGAAUCAUGGACAACAUUGAGAGAGUGGGCUUUACCAAGCCCACCCCCAUACAGUCUCAGGCAUGGCCAGUCCUGUUAAGUGGUGAGGACCUGAUUGGGAUCGCCCAGACUGGUACAGGGAAGACCCUAGCCUACCUGCUGCCCGGCUUCAUCCACAUGGACGGACAGCCUGUCUCCAGGGCGGACCGUGUGGGUCCGGCGAUGCUGGUGCUGAGCCCCACCAGAGAGCUGGCUCUGCAGAUAGAGUCCGAAUGCAGCAAGUACAGCUACAAGGGCUUCAAGAGCGUGUGUAUCUACGGGGGCGGGGACCGGAGGGCCCAGAUCAAGAAGGUGCAGGCCGGCGUGGACAUCGUGAUAGCCACGCCCGGACGGCUCAACGACCUGCAGAUGAACGAGCUCAUCGACCUCAAAUCCAUCACCUACGUGGUCCUGGACGAGGCGGACCGGAUGCUGGACAUGGGCUUCGAGCCUCAGAUCCUGAAGAUCCUGCUGGACGUCCGUCCGGACCGCCAGACGGUGAUGACCAGCGCAACCUGGCCCCCCGGGGUGCGGCGGCUCGCCAAGUCGUACCUGAAGAACCCCAUGAUGGUGUACGUGGGCACGCUGGACCUGGCGGCGGUGGCCUCAGUGCACCAGUCGGUUCUGUUCGUGACGGAGGAGGACAAGAAGGCGUACGUCUUCGACUUCAUCAGAAACAUGGAGCCCAACGACAAGGUCCUCAUCUUCGUCGGAAAGAAAAUCAUGGCGGAUGACCUCUCCAGCGACCUGUGUCUGCAGGGUCUGGCCGUCCAGAGUCUCCACGGCGACCGGGAGCAGUGCGACCGUGAGGAGGCGCUGCGGGACUUUAAGGAGAGUCGCGUGCGCAUCCUGGUGGCCACCGACCUGGCCUCGCGCGGCCUGGACGUCAUCGACAUCACGCACAUCUUCAACUACGACUUCCCGCGCAACAUCGAGGAGUACGUCCACCGCGUGGGCCGCACCGGGCGCGCAGGGCGGUCUGGCUUCGCCGUGACGCUGGUGACCCGAGAGGACUGGAGGAACGCCGGCGAGCUCAUCACCAUCCUGGAGCGGGCGGGACAGGAGGUCCCUGAGGAGCUGGUGAUGAUGGCGCAGAGAUAUGAGAAACACAAGAGAGACCGCGAGCUCAGCGGGCCCAGAGGAGGAGGAGCGGGAGGAGGAGGUCGAGGAGGAGGAGGUGGAGGUGGUCGAGGAGGAGGAGGAGGAGGAGGUGGAGGUGGUCGAGGAGGAGGAGGAGGAGGAGGUGGAGGUGGUCGAGGAGGAGGGAGGGGCCGUAGAGACGAGGACCGCUGGGCUUUCUGAGGACCUCAUGUCUAUGAUGGGGGUCUGUUCUACAAUGUGAGAUUCACCUUCUUUGUGUGAACACCAGCACACCUGGAUGAUGGGCCCUGAGGGCCGCAGGAGGAGGGCCCCGGGAGUAGGGCUCCAGGAGGACGGCCCCUGACCCUAUGGUCGCUGGAGUGGGACCCCAGGAGGAAGACCCCUGUAGUUAGGGCCCCAGGACAACCCACAUGUUUGUAUUGAGGUUCCAAAUGGUUGAUUUCCAAAGAGUGUACUCGAGGUUUUUUGCUCGAGGUGCCGUUGUUCAGACGCCUGUUGUGUGCAUUUUGAUUAAAUUGUUUAAAACAUGUAAAA